AUUAAUCGCUUGACUUUUGAAACAUUAAAAAUUUUUAGUAUGCUUGUAAAGUAACUACUAUGAAGCGCAAGCUUAAAAAACAGUUUUAGGCCGACAAUUUUAAGUUUUGUUGGCACAAUAUAUUAAGUGUUUUAACUUAUUAACAAUAUACAGUUAAUGUAUCUACAAUGCUAUUACUUUUUAAUUUAUUUACUAUCUAAUAUGAAACAGGAAUGAUAUUAUGAUAAAACUAUGAUGGUAUUUACGUUACAGGAAGUUAAGAAAAACUCAAGUGAAUUGUGGCAUGAUGAAAAUAAAACACAAGUCUGAUUCAUGUCACAAAACAUGAGACACAGUUUCAAUAACAGAUUUAUAGCGCGUUUAAUAUUGUUGCAGAUACACAGACAUAUUUUAGGAAUUUAAAAGUAUAAAAAAGUUUUUUUAUGCAAGAAUUUAGCAUUGCUUAGUUUUGCUUUUUGGUGUGCUACUCCAAAUUAGUGAUUUGGUUCAUUUGAAACCUAUUUAUAGUAGUGCAUUUGAUAUUGUUUCAGUUACACACAUUUCAGGAAUUAAGAGCAUAAAAAAGUUUUUAUGCAAGAAUUCAUCAUUGUUUAGUUCUGCUUUUUAGUGUGUUAUUUCAAAUUGGUGAUAUGUUUGGCGGAUUUUUACCAUUUAUUAAUACUAUAGUACAAAUUUCAGGAAAUUUUGGAAAACAAAGUCUUGGACUGCUGGAGAAUACAAAAUGGCUUCUAUGCUAGAAUUCAGCUUUGUUUUAGUGCUGCUGUUUAGUGUGUCAGUCCAAAUUAGUGCUUCGGUUGAAUUUGAAGCUUGUGUUUGCAACAACUCACAAAGGAUCGUCUUCAAGUCAAAUGAAGCCCAGCCAUAUAACAAGUGGCGGGGCGUGUGUGAUUGCCCACGGAAUGGAUUUAAUUCAGGGAUGUUCAGACACAUAGGAAAGGGAAAGAUUGUCAAAGGUUCUCGCGAAGAGCACACAAAUAUAAUGCAGUGUUUAAGUUUUUGUCAAACCAUAAAUUUGUCAACGCACAAUUCAAAGUUUUGGGUCAACAUUUCUCAGCAGAUAAGAAGUGAAAGUAAGUGUGGAUAUAUUGGAACACAGGUUGAAACUUGGAAUGAACAGCUAAUGAGUCAUACACGAUGCAGUGAUAAUUUGAGUGGAUUUGUAUGCGACUAUCCAAAUAGCGAAGAGUUUCCAGGUGGAGAAAGACUAAAUAGAACGCAGCGUUUGCAAUGUGAAGUAAGGAGUGGUACCACGCCGACCCGCUUGGGGCAUCUUAAUAGGACAGAGAAUUCAAGACCAAUCAACCGCAGACAGAACAUAACUAAAGCUGCAAAGGAACUGAAGAAACUGGGACAGUUAAAUAAAAUUAUAAAACGGCAUAAAGAUGUUCCGUUUGAGGUGGAAAAUUUUGCUACGGCAAUCAAACUGCUGACAAGCAUUGAACCACCAGAUAUACAAGAAAACUUGACUGCAGUAAACAACUACACAAAAUCUUUUAUUGGAGCUGUAAGUUUAGUCUUACUUCCGCGUAAUGCCAUGAACUGGAUUGCAUUAUCUCGUCAUAGGGAACUAAACGUUACUGUGCCACACCCAAUACUGCUCUUAUCAACGCUCAGUCAAGUUUGCCGUAAUUUGAGCCACGUUUUCCCAAUGCAAAUGGCAUCAACUGAAAGCACAAAAGUAAAGUUUGGAGAAUUAGCUCUUGGAGAUGUGAUUGAAGUCAACAAUGAAGUGCAAGUAAUGAGCACCAGAAGUGGGGAGAGUUAUUCAUUUGUCUCCGUAGAGUCCAAAUCUUUGCCACAACUGCUGAACGAGAUAGAUAGAAAAAGCACAGCCAAAUUAUCCGGGUUACAAAACAAAGUAUUCAUGCCAAAUUCAAGCAUUCUAUCCUACACCAUUUAUAAAGGCAGAGAGAAAGUCAGCGCUCCAGUUCUAUUUACCUUAGGAGGGAACUUUCCGGCCGUUCCUAUAGGUCUAAACCGAUCUUGCGAGUUUUACGAUUACAAUUCAACACGAUGGUCUAAUUUUGGCUGCAAAGUAGUAGCUGAUGGAACUAACUUUACAAAAUGCUAUUGUAAUCAUACCACAAAUUUUGCUGUGCUUUUAAUAAGUGGUGACGUGGGUAAAAUAAGAAGCAAAAACUGUGCCUACCACUCAGUGCUCAGUAUAGCAGGGUAUAUAUGCAAUGCAGUUUCUGUCGUGUUUCUCUUACUAGUUUUGGUGGUUUAUGUAAGGAUUCGAGUGCCACUAUUUUCCAAUGUGAAAUUUGUAAUUCAUCUGAACUUAUGUAUGGCUUUGCUGGGCAUGAACUGUGUGCUGCUACUUGGAGACUUGGCUGCUCGAACUGGCUACGAACUGUGUGUUGUAGUGGCAUUUCUGACCCACUAUUUUGAACUGGCUUCGUUUUUUUGGAUGUUAGUAGAAGGGGUAUACCUACACUUAUGCAUUGUGAGGGGGAACAUAAAAAACAGAACAUUUGGAAGAAUGAAGUUUCUAUUUGGUUGGGGUGGUCCACUGCUGAUAUCUGGGAUUGCAAUGGCAUUUGGCAUGGCAAGAAGGAAAUAUAUUUAUAGAUCAAAUUACAAUAUAGGGUUAAACCGUAUUUGCUGGUUGCACCAUGAGCAGAACUUGGUUUUAUCAAACACAGUUCCUGUAAUGAUUAUUCUAUGUCUCAACACAUUUUUCCUGGUACGGGUUCUGUAUACUAUAGCGAAGCUGUCAAAAAACGUGCCUACACUGAAACCUAGAAGAAAUAGUGAAGCAACAGCAACCAAUAGCUGUACAGAGCAAUCUCAAACCAAAGAUUCAAUUUCAAUAUCGCUUUCCAAUGCGUUUUUGAAGCUUUUUCCACUGCUUGGAGUUACAUGGCUUGUUGGCUGGAUAGGCAGUCUAACAUACCAGAGAGGCAGACCGUUAUGUGAUGACAGCUUAACGUUUGGGUUUAUUUUAGCCCACACAGUGCUGAAUGGUGUACAAGGUGUUGGACUGUUUGUUGUUUGUGUGUUGAACAGCACAGAUGUGAGAGAAAUAGUAACCAGAAGGUGGAAUUCGGCACUUUGGAAUAUUUCACCACAAAAUGUGACUGGACAAACCAAACAAACAAAUGCAAACACUUUGUCAAAGCAAUAGUGAGCAUCUGAAGUCUUGCCAGGUGGCAGAUUAAUUGUCCGAAAUACACUAUGUUUUUAUACCAGAUGAACCACUAAACGAUUAAAGUCUUGGCGGAUGGCAGACUAAAUGCCCGGAAAUACACUUGGUUUUUUAUACCAUAUGAUCCCUUAAAAGUUUAAAUUAAAAAAAAAUGCUUUUAAAAAUGAAUUAAUGGAAUGACUAAAAACUAAAACAAAGUUUAAACUGCUAAUUUACUAUAACUCUAUUUAUAUUAUAAUUACAUUGGUAAUACGUUUAUUUAUGUACAUAUUUUCGUUUUGAACCAUUAAUAUGGUCUAUAUUUUCUUGUACCUGUUAAUGUUAUAUACGGUUUGUGUUUGUUUUUUUGCAUUGAAAAGUUUUUUCUUUGUUUGUAACUGUUGAAUCUAUUUAUUGCUGACAUAAACUUGUGUAUAAUCUUAAUCAGGCUGGGUU